AUGCCCAGACAGUGCAUCAAUUCUCUAUUUGACAACUACACAUGGACGAAGCUGUCGGGAUCGGCUCCUCCCUCUGCCCUGGGUCUGUCUGCAGCCUGGUUACACCCUGACGUCAGUGUCUUCAUCACUCUGCUGCUCUUCUUCAUCAUGAAGUUCUGGAUGUCUGCCGUUGCUACGACGAUGCCCAUCCCAUCUGGAGCCUUCAUGCCCGUCUUCACUCUGGGAGCAGCGUUCGGUCGCCUGGUGGGAGAGAUCAUGGCUUCUCUGUUUCCUGAUGGAAUCAUGUUUGAUGGGAUUCUGUACCGGAUCAUCCCUGGAGGGUACGCUGUCAUUGGAGCAGCAGCUCUGACCGGAGCAGUGACUCACACGGUGUCUACAGCCGUGAUCUGCUUCGAGCUGACAGGACAGAUCUCACACAUCCUGCCCAUGAUGGUGGCAGUGAUCCUGGCCAACAUGGUGGCUCAGGGUCUACAGCCGUCCCUCUACGACUCUAUUAUCCAGGUCAAGAAACUGCCCUACCUGCCCGAGCUCGGCUUCGGACACAUCAGUCAGUACAACAUAUUUGUGGAGAACAUCAUGGUGAGAAAAGUGAAGUUCAUCUCUGCUCAGUCCACGUACAGAGAGGUCAAACGGCUGCUGGACUCCACGUCUCUGAAGACCAUCCCUCUGGUCGACUCCAAAGACUCCAUGAUCCUCCUGGGCAGUGUGGACAGGGUGGAGCUGCUGGCGCUCUGUGACUGGUGGUUGUCCCCAGAGAGACGGCUGCUGAUGCAGGGCCACUGUUUGCAGGAGCAGAGUCAGGGUCAAAGACAUGGCUGGGAGACUCUGGCCUUCGUUGACGAAGAGGAAGACGAGAAAGACAAAGAGAAGGAGGUCUCGAUGUUGGGGGAGAGGAACGGACCUCUGCCUCCAGCGAAGCCUCCAGAUCCAUCAGGAACACACAACACCACCACAGACUCUGGUCCCCUGCAGUCUGUGAGAAAUGCCCUGAGCAGUGUGUUUACCUCCAGAGCCAAACCAAGCGAGGGACCGUCACAAGAGCCGAGUCGUCCUCCUCUGACUGACACCAUGACUUUAGAAGAGAUUAAAGCGUGGGAAGAGGCAGAGAUGGACAAACCCAUGGAAAUCGAUGAGAUUCGAGUGGACCCUUCACCUUUUCAGCUUGUGGAGAGAACGUCACUGCACAAGACUCACACACUGUUCUCUCUGCUGGGGCUGAGCCACGCCUACGUCACCAGCAUCGGCAAACUGGUGGGAGUGGUGGCUCUUAAAGAGCUGCAGAAGGCCAUUGAAGGCUCCACUCGCUCUGGGGUCCGCCUCCGUCCGCCUCUCGCUAGUUUCCGAGAUGUGAGCCACAAAUCUGGCCCCAAAUCUCACGCGGGCUCCACCUCCUCCUCCACCCCCCACUCCCCCACUUCCCUCACUGCCCCCACCUCCCUGUCCCAUCCUCCUCCUCCCCCGCUACAACCCCCGCCCUCCCCCCCUCUGCCUCCCCCUAGCUCAGAGAACGAAGCCGAGGUGUGGAUCGAGUCUGGACAAAGACUGUUUGUGAGGGAGGAGGGGGAGAGCGACGACGACAUGACACCAGUCUGA